AUGUCAGAUCUGCAGAAUAAGCGGCGGCGUGUAACGCGAGCGUGCGACGAGUGCCGCAAGAAGAAGGUGAAGUGCGAUGGGCAGCAGCCCUGCAUCCACUGCACGGUGUACUCGUACGAGUGCACGUACAACCAGCCAAGCAAGCGGGUGGCGACGGCAUCCGCAUCGACGGCGGCGGCAGCGCUGACGCCUCCGUACGGAGUGAGCCAGCCGUCGCGUGUCAAGCCGCACAAGGCGCUGCGCGACGCGAAGCUGCAGCUGUCGAAGUACAAGAUGUUGUUCGGACGGCUGUUCCCACAGAUGCCACCUAUCGAGCAGGUGGACGUGGCGAGCUUCGCCAACGCGUUCCAGGGGUUCGUCGCUUCGAACGAAGAAUUCCAGAACGCCACGAAAAAUAGUCACGUGACUGUUCCGGUGUCCUCUGCCAGCGGGGCCGGGUCGCCGGCCACCGCGAGCGCGACGCCCGAGGGUUCGGUAGGCGUCGACGCCAUCGAGGGCAUAGACGGGUCGAUCCAGUCGCACGAGGGUCGCGAGAUCAAGAUCAUUUUGCCGCCUAAGCCCGUGGCCCUGCACUUCAUCCAGGUUACCUGGGAGCAGUGCUGCGUGCUUUUCCGGUUCUACCACCGCCCCAGCUUUAUCGCGAGCCUUGAUGAGCUGUACGAGACCGAUCCGCACGACUACACGCACGAGCAAAUGCACUUCCUGCCGUUGUGCUACGCGGUGAUGGCCGUCGGGGCGCUUUUUUCCAAGUCGAUGCAGAGCACCGGGACGCCUAGCGACACCGCGUCUCCGGGCAAGUUCAUGCAGGACGAGGGCUACAAAUACUUUGUGGCCGCGCGCAAGCUUAUCGACAUCACGAACGCCCGCGACCUGAACUCCAUUCAGGCCAUAGUUAUGCUUUUCAUUUUCCUGCAGUGCUCCGCCAGGCUUUCGACGUGCUACACUUACAUCGGGGUGGCCAUGCGCAACGCGCUGCGUGAGGGUAUGCACCGUAACCUGAACGCCGACACGCACAGCUACAACCCGAUCGAGAUCGAGAUGCGCAAACGGCUUUUCUACACCAUCUACAAGAUGGACGUGUACGUCAACACCAUGUUGGGCUUGCCAAGGAGCGUAUCCCAGCGCGACUUCGACCAGGCGCUUCCCGCAGAACUAACCGAUGAAUUUAUUACGAAAGACGGGCUUCAUUUCGAGAAGCAAGGCAAUGUUUUGUCAUCAGCUGGCAUUGCAAACCAACACACGAAGCUUAUCAUGAUCCUGGAUAAUAUAGUGGCAGAGCUCUAUCCAGUUAAAAAAACAAACAAUCUCAUUUCGCACGACGUGGUCACCCAGCUCGAACUCAAGCUGAGGCAGUGGCUGGAUAAUCUCCCUCCGGAAUUGGCCCCGGGAUCAAACGAUGUCCCUCCAAAAUACGAGAGAGCCAACCAGCUUUUACACCUUUCCUUCCUGCAAGUUCAGGUUAUCCUGUAUCGGCCCUUCAUACAUUACCUGUCGGCAACUGUCCCUACCAAAGCUGCGGACUCUCUUUCAAUCCGGCGGGCCCGCAACUGUAUUUCGGUAGCCCGAACGGUUGUCAAGUUAGCUAAGAAAAUGAUGGAAAAAAAGACACUGACGGGUUCCUACUGGUUCAGUAUUUACAACAUCUUUUUCUCUGUCGCAGGCCUUAUUUUCUAUCUACAUGAAGUGGCCCCCACAGACGAAGCUGGCGAGCUCGAGUAUAGUGAGAUCCAGAAAGAUGCAGAACUGGGCAAGGGUGUUUUGCUGUAUUUGAAGGACACCAGCAUGGCCGCCAACCGGACCUACAACUUGUUAAACAUGCUAUUCGAAAAGUUCAAUUCUAAAACUAUCAAGUGGAGUCAGGUCAAGCAAGGCGAAUUCAAAGCCUCAGCUCCUGAAAGUUCCCAACAAGCGCCUAUCAAAACUCCUCCAGUAAACAUGGAUACGGAGCCUAGUACUUACAAUUUGGACCCCGGGAACAUGGACUUGCUAGCCUUCGAAAACCCUCAGGAUGCUACUUUACAGUCAACUUCUACGAUAUCUGGAGUCAACACCAUGAACACCAUCAAUACUUCCAAUAUGUUGAUGAACAAAGACUUUUUUGGAGUGAACGACUCACUUGAGAUGGACAAGUUUUUCAAUUUGAGCGAAAACGGGUCGCUGGACGAAAAAGCAGCCCCGCUACAGCCGCCCGAUAUUCAGUUGAAGGAAGAAUACGAAGUGCCGUCUGAGCAAAACAUGUCCGAAAGUUACGUUCCUGGAGCCUUUGACCAGCUAGAUGUUCAACUGUUUGGCCGGUACCUUCCGCCCUACAUGUCACAGCAAAAUGAAUCGCCCAAGUUUGGCUCUUAA